GACUGGCGUGUACACUGGCGAGAUUGAUCAGCUUUUCUUGUAGCGGACACAGACAGGGAAAGAGGCAACCAGAGAGCAGGGAGAUCCAAAAUAUUGAGCCAUUCUCAACUCAUCAGUGAUAGACACAACACAGUCUGAACACAUCUUUCACAGGAAAAAAAAAAAAAAAACUGGUGCAUGCAGGGGAUUUCUGAACUGACUGGAAAAGCUGUACUUAAGUAAAGCUACACAUCUGAAAUUUUGUUUUUAUUUCUGGGGGAACAUUUUUAAAAAUGACCCUUGAUGUUUUAUUGCUAUGUAUAAUCUCAUUGAGUGCUACAGAACUAGCGUCAUCCUUGGAACUUAAACCUGACAUGCCUAACGUGUGUAGAGCGCAGGAGCUGGCGAUGAUCGGGCACAGACAGCCAUGUGUCCAGGCCUUCACUCGCAUGGUCAAAGUGUGGAAACAAGGCUGCACUGGACAGAGGUGGUGCGUUGGGUAUGAAAGAAGGACUGGGUAUUACACAGCUUACAGACAGGUAUACAGCAUGGAGCGCCAAACAGUUUACAAGUGCUGCCCAGGCUGGACUCAGCAGGAAGAUGAAGUGGGCUGUCUGCACUCUGUGUGCUCUGCUGGUACUUGUUUCAAUGGAGGGAAAUGUUCUGAUGGAGGCUCCCAGGUAUGUCAGUGUUCAAAAGGCUUCCAAGGAUCCCACUGUCAGUAUGACGUUAAUGAAUGUACCACUGAGAAUGGAGGUUGUCAGGACCAGUGCUGCAACACCAUUGGGAGCUACUAUUGCAAGUGCCCUUCAGGCCAGAAACUCAGGGAGGAUGGGCAGUCAUGUGAGGAUGACGAUGAGUGUGCUGUUGUGAAUGGAGGCUGCCAGCAGACCUGCGUGAACACUCAAGGAUCCUUCUCCUGUGAAUGUGAUACAGGAUACAGGCUGCACACUGAUGGUCUCACUUGUAUCACUGUGAACUCCUGCUCUUUGAACAAUGGUGGUUGUGAGCAUGAGUGUGUAGAUAUUGCUGAAGAUCAUUACAAGUGCCAGUGUCAUCCAAACUACCAGUUAAAAAGAGAUGGCAAACACUGUGAAUUGAGAGACCCGUGCACUGACAGGAACGGAGGAUGUGCUCACAUCUGUACAAGUGAAGAUGGGUUAGCGGAAUGUGAAUGCAGGCCUGGGUACCACCUGUCUGCUGAUGGUAAAGGUUGUGAAGACACUGAUGAGUGCAGUUCAGGGACUGACAUGUGCGCUCAUCGCUGUGUCAACAUGCUGGGAUCCUUUACCUGUGUCUGUAACCCAGGAUUUGAGCUGGGUGCUGAUGGGAAACAGUGUUACCGGAUUGAAAUGGAGAUUGUAAACAGCUGUGAAAACAACAAUGGAGGAUGUUCUCAUCAUUGUGAACAUACCACCAGUGGGCCUCUCUGUUCAUGUAACCAAGGUUACCACAUAGAUGUGGAGAGGAAGAGUUGCAUAGACACUGAUGAGUGUGAUUUGGGAGAGGCCUGCUGCAGUCAGUUCUGUAAUAAUUACCCAGGAGGCUAUGAGUGCAGCUGUAAGGCUGGCUUCAGACUCAACAUUGAAGGCUGUGGCUGUGACGAUGUAGAUGAAUGUUUGACUAACAAUGCUGACUGUGAUCAUGAAUGUGUCAACAUGCUGGGAUCAUUCGAAUGCUCCUGUCAAAAAGGGUUUAGGCUGGAUUUUGACAGAAAGACAUGCAUUCCCCUGUAUGACGAUGAUGGCCUGUAUGAAGAGGAAGAUGAAUUGGAGGUGGUCCGGCUUCCUGACCUCCUGUUCCGAAGACCCCCACAGCUCCUUCACUACCCCACCGCUUUACAGUCUGCCUACGAUGAGGAAGAGUACGAGGAAGAUAUCAGAGGAGAACACACUCUCCUGCACAAAAUUAUCUGUCUGGAUAACACCUUUGGGAACGACUGCAGUUUGAGCUGUGAGGACUGUAAGAAUGGUGGCGUGUGUAAUCCUGAGAGGGAUGGAUGUGACUGCCCAGCAGGAUGGUCUGGAAUUGUCUGCAAUGAAACAUGUCCUCAGGGAACUUUUGGGAAGGAAUGCAACAGUAUCUGUGAGUGUCAGAAUGGAGGCACCUGUGACCCGGUGACAGGGAGAUGCCGCUGUCCAUCUGGAAUUAAUGGACAGUUCUGUGAACACGGUUGCCCUAAGGGAUUCUUUGGGAAGAGCUGCGACAGAAAAUGUAACUGCCCGAACAAUGGCUAUUGUCACAGACUGUAUGGAGCGUGUCAGUGCGACCCAGGCCUUUAUGGGCUCUUCUGUCAUUUAACCUGUCCAAAAUGGGUCUUUGGAGCUGGAUGCUCUGAAGAAUGCCAGUGCGAAGCAGCAAACUCUCUGGAAUGCGAUGCUAAAAAUGGCACCUGCAUUUGCAAGUCUGGUUACCAUGGCGACGGGUGUCAAAAAAAGUGUGGACCAGGGUUCCAUGGAGCUGGCUGUAAGAUGAAAUGUAACUGUCCCUUCGGUGUGCCCUGUGACCAUCAGACUGGAGAGUGCAAGCGACAGUGUUCUCCAGGGUUCCAUGGAGAGAGAUGCCAGCUUUCUUGCAGCCCUGGGAAGUUUGGUGUUAACUGCCUCCAGACUUGUGACUGUGGAGGGGCACCCUGUGACUCCCGGACUGGUCAGUGCAUCUGUCCUACUGGUAGAACUGGCCCAGCCUGUGAGAAAGCCUGCCCGGAAGGUCUGUGGGGUAUAAACUGUCAGUUCACAUGUGGGAUGUGUGCAAAUCAAGCCAUUUGUAACAAAGAAACUGGCAACUGUGACUGUCCUCCGGGGUUUGUUGGAAAAUCCUGUGAAAAAGCUUGCCCCAGCGGGUAUUAUGGGCAAGGCUGCCUGCUUCUCUGUAACUGUAACAGCAAGGCCCAGUGUGACCAUGUGACUGGUGAGUGUGUGUGCCCACCGGGAUGGACUGGCCAUCACUGUACGAGGGUCUGUGAUGCCGGUCGCUGGGGCAGACUGUGUGCUAAUAAGUGUGAGUGUGAUAACAGUGAUGGAAGCUGUGACCCUGUGACUGGACUUUGUCUGUGUGAAGCAGGCUACACUGGAAAACGCUGUGAGCAAAAGUGUUCUGAGAACACUUAUGGUCUUGCCUGCAAGUUCAGCUGUCAGUGUGAGAAUGAAGCCACCUGUGAUCAUGUCAGUGGAGCCUGUAACUGUUCAGCUGGGUGGACUGGGACUUUCUGUGAAAGGCCGUGCCCGGAUGGAUUUUAUGGUCUUGACUGUCACCAGAUGUGUAACUGCAGAAAUGGUGCCCGCUGUAACCACAUCACAGGGGCAUGCCACUGCCCUCCUGGCUGGGUGGGAACCAAGUGUAACCAGGCAUGCCAAAAGGAUAGGUACGGCGAGGACUGCAGCCAGAUCUGUAAUUGUCACAAUGGGGCAACAUGUGAUCAUGUGACUGGCCAGUGUCACUGUGCUGCGGGAUGGACAGAAGCUUCCUGUCAGCAGGCUUGCCCUGCUGGACUCUAUGGUGUUGACUGCCGUCAACACUGCAUUUGCAGAAACGGAGGCACAUGUGAUCCGAUGACUGGCCAGUGCACUUGUCCUAAAGGCUGGACUGGAGUCGCCUGUGAACUCGAAUGUGAAGAUGGCUUAUUUGGAGCAGGAUGCAAGCAGACUUGUAGCUGCAAGAACAGUGGAACCUGUAACAGACUCACUGGGGAAUGUACCUGUAGCCCUGGUUGGACUGGCAAUCAAUGUGAAAUAGCUUGCGCUGAUGGUUACCAUGGCAAGCACUGUGAGGAGAAGUGUAUGUGUGAUCAUGGCUCUACUUGUCACCAUGUGACAGGAUUGUGUCAUUGUGACCAAGGUUGGAGAGGGAGGAGGUGUGAUAAACCUUGUCUGCCCGGUUACUACGGUGAUAACUGUGCCCUGCGCUGUGAAUGCCUGCCUGGUGUGUCAUGUAACCAUGUGACUGGAGAAUGUGGCUGCCCAAUAGGAUUUACUGGAAAUGGCUGUGAAGAAACUUGCCCUUCAGGCACAUAUGGACAAAACUGUAACCAGCUGUGUCAAUGCUCGGCUCAGAAUGAACAAUGUCACACUGCCACUGGGAAAUGUACCUGCCUACCUGGUUACUACGGGAACCAUUGUGACCUCAAGUGCCCAGCUGGUACCUACGGCCCAUAUUGCAGUGAAAGCUGUAAAUGUCAGAAUGGAGGAUACUGUGACUCAGUGACAGGGACCUGUGAAUGCCCUCCGGGGUUCGUCGGAGCUGACUGUAGUAAGAGCUGCCCAAAAGAUCGCUUUGGGAAGGACUGUGCCCAGGUGUGUUCUUGUGGUAAAGAAGGCCGGUGUGACUCAGUGACAGGCAGAUGCACGUGUCCUCCUGGCCGAAUUGGACAACGCUGUCAGCAAGCUUGCCCCAGAGGAAGGUAUGGGCAAAAUUGCCAGCACACUUGCACUUGUCAAAAUGAUGGCAUCUGUAACCAAGUCGAUGGGAUGUGUACUUGUGGACUGGGAUGGACUGGGUCUCAUUGCGAAAAAGAAUGCCCUGCUGGUAAAUACGGGGCAAACUGCCAGCUGAAUUGCCUGUGUCAGAACAAUGGGACUUGUGAUCGGUUUUCAGGCUGCUGCCAAUGCAUUGAUGGUUACUAUGGACAAGCCUGUGAACACAGCUGCCCUCCUGGAUUUUAUGGUCUGUUCUGUACACGCACAUGCGAUUGUAAAAAUGAUGCUACAUGUGACCCUGUGACUGGACAGUGUAUUUGCCCAGCAGGUUAUCAUGGAUUCCAGUGUGAGAAAGGGUGCGAGCGAGGGAGGUAUGGAGAGACAUGCCAGCAGCAAUGUGAUUGUGAAGGAGCAGGGCCCUGUCACCCAGUGACUGGAAAAUGCUUUUGCCCUCCUGGCAGAAGUGGAGACCGGUGUGAGAAUGAAUGUAGAAGUAAUCAAUAUGGACCUGGGUGCUCUCUGUCUUGCCAGUGUGCAAGUCAAGCAUUCUGUAACACUCAAAAUGGAAACUGUGUCUGUCCUUUUCAGUGGAUGGGGCCCACGUGUGCUGAAGGAGGACCCCCAAAACCCACUUCAAACCAGGACUACACUUCACAAGCACAUAGAACCUCAAGGCAUUUUUCACAAUCUUAAUUUUAUGAAGAUGAUGUUAGACUGCAUUAUUUGAGCACAUUUGAAAACCUCAAACCAGGAAUCAAUUAGUAGUGCGCAGUAAGGAUGGUAUUGAUUCCACUAAACACAUACAGUGUAUAGUACGAUGCAGAUACUACAGCAGCCGUGAAUGAAAGAGUGGGGUCCUUGUUUAAGGUGUUGCACAUGUGUACAUUAUAUUAUAUAAGACUGCGCUUCAUGUAGGAUUUGAAAAUGGUUGUAUCCUCAUUUAAAAGGUGCUGAUCAGUUAAGUAAUUUAACUAGAAUUCUUUACGGACCUAUAAGUACAUCUGAGCUGUGAAAAGCAAUUACAGUACCUGAGCUUUUCAGAAUGUGUUAAGAUGAUCUGAUACAAUGAAUGGAUUUUGCUUAUGAAGAAGGCAAUUCAUAGUUCAACCAAUAGGAUGAUAAUGUUGUUUACUUUCCCACAUGGUGCUUAUCUAACACCAAACUUCAUUGAAGGUGCUUAUAUUAAUCAUUGUACUGUAAUCCAUUGCUUUUGUGUUUCUUUUUUAAACUGAUUUAUAUUUUAGAAAUUUCUAACGUAUGUAAAAGUACUUGUUUUGAAAUAGAAUGCUAGAUACAAUGUUUUAACUGCAUAUUAGUUUGUACAUUUCCAAUUUGAGAAAGUACAAUUUAGCAUAAUGUUAACUGCAGCAAUACUUUGUUGCCAUGUUUUGUUAGGAAUGUAGCCCUUAUUGAUUUAACUUGAAACAUGUUAUAUCCGUGAACAAUAUUUAAGUGUGUUGAGUUGACAGAUAUUUUCUGAUGAUGAACGGUGUGUGAUUGAUAACAUUUCUGUAUCGUGUAAACAUGUGAAAACAUGUGCCUGUAUAGGUUUAUUAUUAAUUGUGUCUUAUUAUGUUAAAAAAAGGAUUGUUUUACUCAUGGACAAACAGACCAGUCCAUCCUAUUAGACAAUCAUUACUGUCAAAUAACCAAUAAUCUGAAGGAACACAACAAACAAACAACCAAAACAGUUACAUUAGUCAAUGUAACAAUACUGGGUUUAUUUCAAAGCGAUUCUAUUUAGGUUUUAAUACAGUUGAAGGGAAAAAAGAUGUUUGAGUAGCGCACACUUCCAGUAACAGUGUGUAUGGUACAGGUGGCAUUUCAUUCAUACCACCUUUCAUGAGCGUUGGGCAAGCUCAAGUGACAAGUGAAAUUAAUUAGGUAGUCUCAGUCUUGCCCCCAAGUGGACAUUAGCCCACAUUCGUAAAACAAUUUGCCACAAAUGUAGACCUAUGAGGGACCUGCCUGUCCUCCGUGUCAUUGUCCUACACUAAUGGCAGAUGACCCAACAGGAGAAUACAUUUUACUGUCUUUAAAUUUCAUUUAAUAGAAAGGACUUAGGUUAGACUAAGUGGUCGAUUUUGAUCAGUCUUUACCCGACUGGGAUAAAACAUAGAGCAUAUUACAGCACCAAGAAAUCCAUCUGGAUUACAUCAACCAUUUACUUUUGGUCUGACGGGUAACCACGGAUAGAUGGUUGAUAAAAACAUGGAUGCAACAAACAAGAAUGCAAAAUAAAUCCAGCUGUGGCUCCAUAGAAACAUUUUACACUUGCGUCAACACAUUUUCAUUUUAUCUAGCUUUUCUGUUAAAAAUAUGACCUCCAGCCUUUGUAGCAUUAGCACUUGCAAGUGGAUAGUACUUUAUUAAUAUGUAAAUAUUAAAUAUGUUUGGGACAAUCUCAGGAAGAUCAUAUGUCAGGAGGGUGGCAUAAACCUGUACUGAACUUUUCUCUAUAAAACUUUCUCCCAUAACAGACAUGUUGAACCUAGUGCUACUUUAAAAAGAAAACAAUUUUUGAUAAUAAAGUAACACAUUUAUUAAUUGAACAAUUACUUAUUAAUUGUGUUAAUGUACUUAAUAGUAUAUAUUCUUUCAAUAAACAUCUCCAAUCUAUAGCUUAUUUACUGUAAAUGUAAUCAAGAUAUAAGAAGAACGCUGGGCUAAUCCAGAUGACGAAGAUAAAGCUGGUAAUUAUUAUUAUUGGUGGUGGAGGUCAUUGUGGUGGCAUUCAAAUCAUUAUUAGUUGGAUUAUUAUUAUAAUAAUUAUCACAAACUGUAACUUGUUUUCUGGAUCUGCACAAUUCUAGUUAGAAUUAGAAAGAUUAGCAUUUGUAUGAAGAAACUGCAUUCCACUGUAUUUGUAUUGCAUUUAAUAACUGGGUCAAUAAAUCAUGCGUGGAGGAAAACACCACCAGAAUUAAAAUCAA